AUGUAUGGCCAGUAGUUUCAAUUAACUUUCAAGGGAGAGAAGUAAUUAUCAGAAUUUAAAACUAUUGUUGGUGCGUUGAUAACAUUUGUUGUGACUGCUUAUUCAUUUAUUUACUUUGUGUAACGAAUUGCUAUGAUAGCUGAUUAUGGAAAUACAACAUCCAACAGCUAUACGGUGCAUCAAGAGAUCAAAGAUAUUUAUGAUACUAUCAAUUUAGAUCAAAAUGAUUUUGAAUUUGCUAUUGGAUUCUCUUUCCCACUAGAUCCUAAAGUUGCAACAUUCGAAGCAAUGAGCUCAAAGAAAAUACUUUUGCCAAAUGGAACUGAAGAAAUAAUUACUCAGAAAAUAGAAAUGGACUUGUGCUCUUCGAUUGGAUUUAAAUAGAAAUAUGUUUAGCCAUAAUUUAACAAAACCAUCCAGAAUUAUUAUUGCGUGAAAAAUAAAGCAUUGCUUUAGAUUUCAGGAUUUCUUAAUACAAAUAACCAUCACAAUAGAUUUUUUGACUUUCAAAGCUAUAAUAAACCUAUAAAAAGUUACAUUGACAAUAGAGCCACAUUUAAUAUUGAAACUCAUACAUUGAAGGUUGUAUAGCUUUUAAUCAGACAAGCAGAUGUUUAGUAAGAGGGUAGAAUUUUACCAAAUGACGAUUCUUAAACUACCUUUUACUAUGUAAAUACUAUUAAUAAGCACAGCAAGCCAAUCACUAACAAUCAAGGAAAAGUAUAUGCAGAACUUGAUAUUUUGCUCGAUGAGUAUAAGGAUGAGCUAUCUCGAGUAGAUUAUUCUAUUUCUUCUGCGCUCUCAGAUGCGGGAGGUAUUUAUAAUGCUUUGUUUUUGGCUGGAAUGAUAUUGGUUGGUUCAUUGUAAGAGAGAUUAUUUUUCGCAGAACUUAUUUCUAGUCUAUUCGACAUAGAACCGAAGAAUGAAAAAUCUUAAGACUCAGAUAGAUUAGGAAGAUACUAGUGCAGUGUAAAGCAUAACAAUAACGAAUAUUCAUUAAGAAAUAAAGAUCAAGAUGACAAUGAAUAAAGCUUUAAUUAUUCAGAUCAAGACAAGGAAGAUAAAAUAUAAAUCAAGUAGAUUAAGCCUUAAUAAGUGCUUGAUGAUAUUAGCCAGAGGUUUAGAUUUCAAUAUUCAAUUAUCAAAACAUUACAGUACUUUUUCUGCUGUGUUCCUAUUACAUCUAUUUGCUGCAAGAAAAGAUAUAGAGUUAAAAAUAGAGAACAUCUUCUCUUUGAAAAAGGACUAGAUAAGCUUGCCAAAGAAUUUGAUGCCUUAUCAUUAAUAAAGAUGAUGAAAGAUGUUAAGAUAAUGACUCAAAUCAUAUUCAAUCCUAUGCAGCAAAUUCUUAUGAAUUUUUAAAAAAGAGAUGUACUAAACUCAGAUUCUGAAACUGAGUAGAUAUCACAAAGAAUUUUGUCUUAAAUACCAGACAAUGAGUCUAUCAUUUUGAGAUUGAAAAAUAUUAAAAAUAAAAACAGGAAGGAAACUAUGGACUAUAUAUUCUAAAAAUUAGGGAAAUACUUUUUAAAGCAAGAUAAAUUCACCAAUAUUGAUAAUAACCUGCUUCGAGGGGUUCUUAAUUCUAGAGAAGAUUAUUAAAUUAUAAAGAAUCAUAUUAAACUAAGAAAAAGAGGUUCUGUUUAUCAAGCAUCCUAUAAAAGAUUCAAAGUUCCUUAAGUCAAUGAGCCAUAAACCACAUAAUAGGAAUCACAUAGGAGUGGAGCUAAAAUUUAAAUAGUUGAUAAUAAUUAGGACUAAACCAAGAAUUUAUUAGAAGUAGAUAGACAGAACUAAGUAUUGAAAUUGAUCGGUAAAAGUUUUCAGUCCAAAUUGAAAUCAGGUAGAAAUUCUUAAGAUAACAAUGGAACUUUUAAUUAUUCAAGUUACCUAGAGGAUCAGAAUAAAUUAGAUCUACACUCUAUUAAAGAUAUUAACGAAACCUUUUCUCAAGAUGAUAUGGAAGAAGAGGGCAGUAAAAUAAUGAAAUAGCAAAUGAAUUCAAAGCUAAUGGUAAAAAAGACCCAGAUAUUUGACAGAAGCGUCAAUAAAACUCAACUGAAUAAUACAAUCAACAACAAAACAAUAGACUAAUCCAAACUAAACGGGAAGUAAAGCAACAAUAGCAUUUAGAUAGAAUGA